AUGUCAUCCAAUAACCACAAGCCCCUCCCGCGGGUCAUCUGCCUUCACGGCGCCGGGUCGUCGGGCGCCAUUCUCCAAGCCCAAGGCCGCAAGAUCUUUCGAGUUCUGUCUGAAAAUUUCCAAUUCAUAUUUUUAGAUGCCCCUUUCCCAUCAUCGCCAGGUCCAGGAAUGCUUCCUGUGUUCAAAGACUCGGGUCCCUUCUACCGUUGGCAAUGUGAUGAGUCUGCUGCGAAGAACUUCGACAUAACCCGAGAUGAAGUCCAUCAGGAAAGAAAUAAGGUUAAGGAAUACUUGGUGGAGAAUUUACUCCACUACCAUGAGCCGGGGCGUGGAGCGCCAGUUGUCGGAUUGUUUGCGUUCUCUCAAGGCGCUCGGGUUGCUACCGGAUUAUUAAAUUACGUCGAGGAACGAAGGCGGCACGGUAUGGACGUCCUGACAGAAGAAUUUCCGCAUUUCAGAUUUGCUAUCAUCAAUUGUGCUACGUACCCACCUCUUUUCUUGGAAGACAAGAGUAGCUGGACCCAAGCAGAGCAUGACAUAUCAUCGGCAGGGAAGGCCAUGGUAGGAUGUCCUUCACUGCAUCUCCAUGGAUCUUACGAUCCGUGGCGCCCUGAGUCUGAAGGUCUACUGGAAGACUUCUAUGAUACCAGAUUAUCCACGAAAAUCGAGUUCAAAGGAGGGCAUGCAGUCCCCAUCAGGGAUGAAGAUACCAAGGAGAUUGUGGCAACUUUUUAUCAGUUGGCUCGUGGUAUUGAAACCUUAGGAUUGGAUUAA